AUGCACUGUGGAUGCCUCAGCUUCAAUGCCCUCCUCAGCCUGUUGCUGGUGGCGUGGGGUGAGCCAUCCUUCCAGGGCCAGCAGCACGAGUUCACCUCUGAGUGCGAGGACAUCGCAGCCUGUGGCUUGGAGUGCAUUGGUUCUGCCCGCAUUGAGAGUGGCACAUGGGUGGGCUUUGAGCACCCCGGCUUCCAGGGGCAGCAGUUUGUGCUGGAACAAGGGGACUACCCUUGCUGGGAAGCCUGGGCUGGCAACAUCGCCUACCACGUGCCAAGGAUGAGCUCCUUCCGACCCGUCUCCUGUGCGAACCUCCGGGACAGCAAGGUGACCAUCUUCGAGCAGGAGAAUUUCCUGGGCCGCAAGGGAGACCUGAGUGAGGACUACCCGUCUCUCAAGGCGAUGGGCUGGGGUGGCAGCGAGGUGGGCUCCCUCCGGGUCUACGCUGGAGCCUGGGUGUGCUGCCAGUUCCCUGGGUACCGCGGCUUCCAGUAUGUGGUGGAGAGCGACUGCCACGGAGGGGAAUACAAGCACUUCCGGGAGCUGGGCUGUCACGCCCACAGCCCUCAGGUGCAGUCCAUCCGCAGGAUCCAGCAGUGAGCA